AUGGUUGAGUCAGACGAAGAUUUUGCACCUCAAGAAUUCCCACACACAGAAACAGAUGUCAUCAUAGAUGAACGUGACAAUGAGGGGUAUUCCUCCGACGAGUUUAGCGGCACAUUAAGCAGAAGGGCUUCGAGUAUAUUUUCUAUAAACACAGCUCCGUUGGCUCCGCCAAAUGCUACCGACAUACAAAAAUUUACAAGCGACGAACAUCAUUUUAGCAUGAUGAGGAAUUUACAUAUGGCAGAUUAUAUUACUAUGUUAAACGGGUUCUCUGGGUUUUACUCGAUUGUGAGUUGUUUGAGAUUCACACUUACAGGCAAACCUCAUUACGUUCAGCGUGCCCAUUUUUUUAUUUUAUUAGGUAUGUGUUUCGACUUCCUUGACGGGAGGGUGGCACGUCUCAGAAAUAGAUCGUCUCUGAUGGGUCAAGAACUGGACUCAUUGGCCGAUUUAGUCUCCUUUGGUGUGGCUCCAGCCUCUAUUGCGUUCGCCAUUGGUUUCCAAACCACACUUGAUGUCAUGAUUCUGUCAUUCUUCGUUCUAUGUGGUUUGGCGAGACUAGCAAGAUUUAACGUCACCGUCGCCCAGUUGCCUAAGGAUUCUUCCACCGGUAAGUCCAAAUACUUUGAAGGGUUACCAAUGCCAACCACCUUGGCUUUGGUUUUGGGUAUGGCGUAUUUUGUUAGAAACGGGUGGAUUUUUGACAGCAUCCCAUUCGGUAUUUUCAGAGAAGACCAAUUAUUGGAAUUUCACCCAAUAAUUCUGGUAUUCUUUAUUCAUGGGUGUGGUAUGAUUUCAAAGAGCUUAAAGAUUCCUAAGCCAUAG